AUGUACUACCCAUCGCCGGUGCUACAUUGUUCGGGUCCUCCGCAGCGUCCAGGGCAGCAGGCCAUCACUGCUGUGAGCCUGCUGUCGAAGGCCCGCAACGAGGAUCUGCAGUGCAUGCUCGAUCUCGACGGCGCUCACGCGGGUGUUGCUGGCAUGCUGUCCGCCGGACUCCUCGCUUCUCUGACGCUGUCAUACAAGCAGGUUGGCCUCGGAUGCCGACGCAAACCUCAAGGUCACGAAAGGCCGUACUUUGGCCUCUUGGCCUCCAUCAGUAUUGCCGUCUUCCCUAGCUUGACCUCAAUCCACCGAUUCUGCCAACGAUUGAUCAAGAUUGCGUAUGAAGAGUCGGUGGAGGGUCUCAAAAGUGAUACUCCCAGCCUCAAAGCGGUGUGUAUCGACUGA